AUCUUGGAAUAUGUUUGGAUCAAAGUUCCCUAGUUUCAUACCAGGUUGUCGGAACCUGGUUUUUCUUAAUUUGGCUAUGAACUCUUUCAAAUCAAUCCCUGAGUCAUUAUUCACCAAUUUGGAGAAGCUUGAGUAUCUUGAUCUUUCUCGCAAUCAACUUUCACAGCCUUUAUCACCAAACAUCAGUAAGCUGUCCAAGCUCAAAGAUCUUUACUUGUUUGAAAAUUCAAUUCAGGGAGAAAUCCCAUCUUCUAUAGGCAAGCUCAAAAAUCUUCAAGUCUUGAAUAUUAAGGACAAUCGCCUGAAUUCAAGUAUUCCUUCUGAGCUUGGUCAAUGCACUAACCUCAUUGACUUGGAACUGUUUUCAAAUUCACUUUCGGGACCAUUGCCCUCAUCACUUUCAUCUUUGACCAACCUAAAGACUUUGAUGCUUGAGUACAAUUACUUGAAUGGGAGUAUUCCAUUUGAAAUUGGUUUGCUCACAAAUCUUGAAUCCCUUUAUUUGGGCAACAAUAACUUUUCAGGCACCAUUCCUACUCAAAUAGGAAACUUGCAAAAUUUAAUUGAUUUGAGCAUCUCUGAAAAUAGCCUCUAUGGUCCAAUACCUCAAAUAAUUGGAAACCUUACAAGCCUCUCUGGUUUAGGGCUUUCCAACAAUAAUCUCACCGGAAUGCUUCCACCUCAGAUAGGAAACUUGAAGAAUUUAGCUUCUCUAGACCUAUCAAACAAUAAUCUCUAUGGUCCGAUUCCCCAAACAAUUGGAAAUCUCACUAAACUCGAAAUUCUUGACCUUUCUUCCAAUGAUUUCACCAAAACACUUCCACCUCAAAUAGGAAAUUUGGGAAAUUUGGAAUAUUUGUACCUGUCAGAAAACAACCUCAAUGGUCCAAUACCCAUGUCAAUUGGAAACUUGCAGGAUUUGAGUAUACUAAACAUGAUAAAAAAUAGCUUAUCUGGUCCAAUACCUCAUACAAUUGGAAAUCUCACAAGUCUCGAUAUUCUAUUUCUCUCCACCAAUAAUCUCACAGGAAUGCUUCCACCCCAGAUAGGAAACUUACAGUAUUUGAGUGAUUUACUCUUGUCAGAAAACAACCUCUAUGGUCCAAUACCUCAUACAGUUGGAAACCUAACAAGACUCACAACCCUACUCCUUUCCGCAAACAAUUUCAACGGAACACUUCUGUUUGAGAAUGGGAAACUGCCAUCAAUGCUUAUCUCUUCAACAAUUUGCAAUUUAAAUUCUCUUCAAAUUUUGGUUUUGGCCAACAAUUCAUUGACCGGGCCAAUACCUCAAUGUUUGGGAAACAUUAGCAAAGACCUCUUAGUGUUAGAUUUGCAUCAUAAUCAAUUUCAUGGGCCAAUGCCAACAAGUUUUAAGGUUGGCAAUUCAUUGAACAGACUUAAUUUGCGUGAAAAUCAAUUAGAGGGAACAAUGCCACGAUCUUUAAUCAAUUGUAAAGAAUUGGAAAUUAUUGAUCUUGGACAUAACAACUUGAGUGGUGCAUUUCCAAUGUGGUUAGGAGAUCUUCCAAACUUGAAGGUUCUUAGCUUGAGAUUUAACAAGUUGAAUGGCUCCAUAACAAGUACAUAUGUUAAAGGGUACUUGUUUCCUCAACUUCGUGUCUUUGACCUCUCUUACAAUGAAUUCACUGGGGAUUUGCCUACAAGGCUUUUUAAGAUUUUCAAAGCCAUGGAAAAUGAAGAUGAAGAUAGAAUACCACAUGAACAAAUGUACCUAAAUCGGAGCGACUAUUACCAAGAUUCAUUAACGGUAGGAAUGAAGGGACAAGAGUAUGAAAUUAUUAAAAUACUAAUCACAUUUACUGCUAUUGAUCUCUCAAGUAACAAGUUUGAAGGGCAUAUUCCAGAUAGUAUCGGAGGUCUUCUUGCACUACGUGAAUUAAAUUUAUCACAUAACAAGUUCACCGGACACAUUCCAACAUCUCUUGGAAAUUUAUCUGUGUUGGAAUCCUUAGACCUCUCUUCGAAUCAAAUUGGUGGAGUUAUCCCUAGGCAAUUGGCAGGUAUUACAACACUUGAAGUGUUAAAUAUCUCGCAUAACAAGUUAAUGGGAUGCAUACCUCAAGGCCCACAAUUCAGUACAUUUGAAGUGAAUUCAUUCCAAGGAAAUGAUGAACUGAAAGGAAGACCUUUUUCACGAGGUUGUGGGAAUGGCAUGACACCGCAACUUCCAGCACCAAAGGAGCUCCACCAAGAGGACAAUUCAAGCUUUUUGAGCGGAUGCACCGUAAAAGUUGUGACAAUGGGGUACGGUUGUGGUAUUCUUUUUGGAUUAUUCAUGGGAAGUCUCAUGCUCGUAACUGGAAAGCCAAAAUUCAUUGCGAAGUUUGUUGAAGAAGAAACAUGCAAACUAGCAAUGAAGAUGAAACGAAGAAGAUCAAAAACAAGAAGGAGAAGAAACUAGCGUCAAUGCUCACUUGGCUUCUCUCCGGAUGACAAAUACUCAAGACAGAAGAUGUUGUUGUUAAAGAAGUGAUUUGGUUUGUUGCCGACUCAUAAGCCACCUCCCAAGUACGGUUGGCUUUCAUAUAUAAUCUAUCUCUAGUUAGGUGUUGU